CAAGGGGCCGGUAUUGGAAGGUUGCUUGAAACUCGACUGCAGCUUUUGCAAAUGGAAAGGCGGACAAUGUGACUCGCUCCAGACUGCCUUUUCCCUACUCAGCAUGCAUGGCUUUUGUUUGUAGGAGAGGGAACAGGGCUGAUACCUUACACACUGUUGGAGCCCUGCAAAGACUUGUGUUCACUCACUCCACGGCUCAGUAGAUUCAGAACAAGACUACGGCAGAGACUGGAGAGAGCCGUACGGCACAUACUAACCCUGGAAAUUUAACUUUUUUAACAACAUAUCCGGGCCUUUGGGGGCUACACUGGACCGCACUUCUCAGGACUCAACUGUUUUACACUGUUUUUACGCAGCGCAAACUGUGAAGAGUGGCUGAAAAGAGCUGAGUUUGCUUUAAAGUGACGAGGGGGAGAGAAAGCCUGUACUGCUCUCCCUCUGCGCGCUUUAACCGGACAGCAUGGUGCAGAAAAUGAGCCACACGGAGAGCACCGCUGAGGCGCUCUCCUUCUUCGGCGGGGACUCCAGCUCCGACUCCGGCGCAUGCAUGGACCUGGACGCGGCCGCGUCGCCUCUCUCCCCGGGCUCCACGGCGUCAUCCACCGCGGGGGACAAGCUGGGGGAGAAUCCGGCGUGGUGUAAGACCCCGAGUGGCCACAUCAAGCGACCCAUGAACGCAUUUAUGGUGUGGUCCCAAAUUGAGAGGAGAAAGAUCAUGGAGCAGUCCCCGGACAUGCACAACGCGGAGAUCUCGAAGAGGCUGGGCAAGCGGUGGAAACUGCUCCGAGACAGCGAUAAGAUCCCGUUCAUCAGAGAGGCAGAGCGGCUCAGGCUCAAGCACAUGGCGGACUAUCCCGACUACAAGUACCGGCCCAGGAAGAAAGUCAAGUCAAGCGCGUCUAAACCUGGCGACAAGGCGGAGAAAGUCAACGGUAGCUCUAACAACACCAGCACAAAUAAAACAUCUUCAUCCAGGAAGAGUGGCUCCAAGUCACCAAAGCCACACAAAUCAGUUUUCAACACCAAAGCGUUUGAUUCAGACCAUCACAACUCUCUCUACAAGUCCAAGCCUUUUUCAUCUAAGCAUAGCCAGGACUCCAAGAAGCCCAAGCGGGUCUACGUUUUCGCCAACCCCGCUUCCUCUGUGGUAGUCCCGGCCAGCCCCACGCUCAGCAGCUCGGCGGAAAGCAGCGACCCGCUCAGCCUGUACGAGGACGCGGCGGGCUGCAGGGAGGAGGACGUGCACUCUCCGAGCUCCAGCACCAGCAGCAACAGCAGCAGCAGCAGUACCGGGGUAGGAGGGCUGUACGGCGGCCACACUUACACCAGCAGUCGCCGCUCCUCGUCUCCCACUCCCUCCGCCUCGCACUCGUCCCACUCCUCGUCUUCGUCAUCUUCCUCGGAGGAUGAGGAGUUUGAGGAUGACUUACUAGACAUCAACCCGAGCCCCAGCUUUGACGGGAUGUCCCUGAGCAGCGGCUUCGGGUCCUCAGUUCUGGACAGAGACUUGGAUUUGAACUUUGAGUCCGGCUCCGGAGGGUCCCACUUCGAGUUCCCCGACUACUGCACACCUGAAGUCAGUGAGAUGAUCUCCGGGGAUUGGCUCGAGUCCACUAUUUCCAACCUUGUGUUCACGUACUGAGCGCGUAAAAGUGACCCAUGUUAAGUUAAUCUAAAAAAGUGGGCGUUAUAGUUUGUGUUGCGCACCAGACUAGCAAAAAGCCCAACUGCAAGCCUCUUUCCCUCGCCCUGAAAGUCGCUGUAAAACAAACUUUGUGUUUUUGUGGACUCGGGCACAAAACUAACAGAGGCGAAGAUAAAGAGGGAGAGAGGCGACUGUAGCGGCAGUGCGCGCACUGAGACGCUACUCAGCCCCGACUGUUUUGAACUUAAACUGUGAUUUAUUUGCACGAUAGCUCCACGGUCCGCCGUUCACUUUAACUAGAAAAAGGGACAUUUCACGAGUUUGAACGCUCCAAGUGAACUUCACUGACAAGGUACAAUAGGACUGCUGUGUCGUGCGACAGGUUUAUUGUUGUGUGUCACAAAGAGGGAUUUCUUUUUUUGAUAAACCGAGGUGGGUUGUCGUUUUUUAGUUUUCAAGUAUUUUCAAACGCAAAAAACACGUUAAAAGCAUGAUCGCCUACUUUGUUCCUAUCUUGUGCUGAGAUUUUCUGUGAGAACACUUUAGUCUUGAUAGUAUUUGAAAUGGAUAGGUGGCGCUCGCUUCGGUUCUUCUCUUUAAAGACAAAAUAUGGACAUUGAAAUAAUCACCAGCUGUUGUAAUGUUUCAAACUUCUUCAGGAUUCAACUUCAAAUCUGUGCUGAACUUUAUAUACACUUUCUCUACGAUUCAGGACCAAAUUGUUUAUUGUUUAUUUCAGAUGAUAGCUAUAGAGAAAUCCUCACUGUUAUUUUGGUUCAUUCUCUGAGCUUUGUUUUUUUGUACAUGUGUCAGAUGCCAUUUUAUACUGGAUAUUGUAUUUAUAUACUGGGCCAAGCAUUUUUGACUUGAUCAUUUUUUAUUUCUUGUACUAGUCCUGUUGUUUUUGUCAGUAUGUCUGUCACAUUUCCUUCUCAGGCGAAGGGCUAGAGUUUUACGAACACACAACUUUUUAAGUUCUUUUUAUAACUAAAUGUACACACUUUUGGACACUUAAAGAGAAGAAACAGUUUGUUUAUUUUCUCAGUGUAUUUUUGUACAAAUCUAUAUGGAAAAGGGGAAGUCAACAAUCGGUGUGUGUAGCCUAAUACAGUUGUAUUGGAUUUCCUAAUUUUUAGACAUGGGCAGGCUGGUUUCUAUGCUGCCUUCAAGUGCUCAUGCUUACCUUGUACUUCUGAGACUUGUACUGUUUUAACUUAUUAAUCCAAGGCACCAAACUACUAUUACAGGGAAACUAAUCUUCUACCAGCAGUUAGGACCGACACCCUUUUGAUGGCUGACCCCUGGACUCGUGACAUAUUAAAUAUAGAUCCCUUCUAGAUAUGAACGAUAGCACUUGAACGCAGCACCAGUCUUUCUAUCAGCCUCCCUCCUACGUUUACAGUGCCAAGUCUGCAGACUUCUUAAAGGCGCAGGCACACACGCUGCCUGUGCACCACGUGGUUUUCCAACAGCAUCACUCUCUCCAACAAACCACUCCUUUGUUUUGUUGUGUUUCCUUUCUGAUAAUCCUGCCUAUGACAACAACAUGAGGAGAUUGUAGCUUUAAAUUUGACUUGUUUGUCACUGUUUGUCAUGAAUUGAUGUCAGAUCUACAGGAUGGAACAGGUUACAUAAUAACAAGCAACAAAAGUGAGAACAGCAAACAUAUUGAAAUUUCUGACUUGAGUUCAUCUACUUGUACUGCGUUUCUCAUUGUAUUUGAAUAUAUAAUCUUUUCUACUUGUCGGCUAACUAGCUAAUAAUUGUUUUAGUAUCUUUAUGGCAUGGUGAAUAGCAUUUGUAUUUCAGAUUCAGGUUAUUAGCUGUUGUGUUUUUAAGAAAAAAAUGAAAAACGAAAAAUGAUGAAACGUGAACUCGAUCUUUGUAUAUUUGACUGUAUCAUAAAGCAAAAAGAUUGUGUGUUUAUGUACGUUGUUGCUAUCAAGGACAGGCACUGUCUUGAACUGCUAUCUUUUACACUCUUACACUUAUGAGGUGGUCAGUUCAGGACUCAUUUUUAUAUAUAUCAAAGCAUUUUAAAUAUAUUAACUUUAUUUUUCAUUCAUCCUGUGCAAUAUGCUGUGUAGAUUUCGUUCAUUUAUUGUCUAAUCAUGCCAUAUACAAAGGAACCAUCCUUCGUAGGGGCUCAAAGGGAGGGGAGACUCAUGCCAGCUAAAUUGUGUCCAUUCACUGCCUGUCAGAUUGUUGAUAUAAACUUGUGUACAGAACUUUUUUCAAAGAAGGAAAUAAAUAUCAGCUGGAACUGAAA